AUGCUUAGGCCAUCAUCGCUCAUCGCCUUCGUAGCGGUGUUCGCUACCUCGACCGUAAAAGCGCAACAAGAAUCGCUCAAGGUCGGCAAGUUCUUCAACCCUCCUAAUGCUCUCGACGGGCCAACCGAUUAUUCGACGAACCCAGUAUGGACGCUCGGCGAGAUCCAAACUAUCAAGUAUACCACCACAUAUUCGAAUUACACCAUUGAUCUAUGGCAGCAGAGCCGAGAUGGUGGCUCUGCAUCAGCUGGACCAAGCAUAUUUCAGACGCGGUCUGGUGCUGUAACUCAAUUUGACUGGUCGGUCCAAGCAUUCGAGUUCGACUUAUCGAAUUUCGACGUGUUUUUCCUUUGGCUGUCACCAUUGCAAUCGGAUGACCCGAACCCGCUCUCUGUCACCUCGCGUUACUUUAACAUCACAAGAGCCCCCGCUAGUACGAGCACAUCUUCAUCGUCGACUAGUGCCUCUAGUUCAUCUAGCACUAGCCCGCCAUCCAGCAGUGCUACCCAAAGUAGCACCUCACUACCUGCUGUGUCAACAACGGCAGACGCCGACAGUAGUUUAAGUGCCGGUGCUUCAGCUGGUAUCGGUGUCGGCGCCGCCCUUGUAGUUAUCGCCCUCGUAGCAGGCGGCUUCUUUUUGUGGAGGAGGCGGAGGAAUAGUAACAACUACCAAACACCUGCAGCCGCUGCUGCUGCUACAGGUCCUAAUCAUAACGACAAUCUGCCAGAGAUGCCAGAAGUGACGCAACUUUCAGCGCAGAAACCGCCAUUGUAUCCCGUGGAGCUGGAAAGUGGCGGAUAUCCCCCUCAGUACUACCACCCCGAGAGACCCGAGAGGGUUGAACUCGACGGAACACGCCGCUCUGAACUCGAUGGAGGCCACUAA